AAGUCACAGUAGGAGAAAGACCAUCUGCUGGUGUCUCUAGAGGAGAUAGCACAGUCGCCUGCCAAGAUGAUGCUGUUUCUGCUGUGUGUGGGGCUGACGCUUGUCGGGGCCCACAAGAAAGUUGUGUGCAACAUUGACAAAGACAACUUUAAUAUGCCACAGAUUUCAGGAAAGUGGCAUUCUGUUUUCCUGUCCUCAGAUGACAAGGAAAAAAUAGUCCAGGGCGGCAGCAUGCGGAUUUUUGUGGAAGAUAUGGAUGUGUUGCAGAAUGGUUCUCUGUAUUUGAAAUAUCAUUUUAAGGAAAAUGAUAUUUGCUCUGAAUUCUCAAUGACUUGUGACAGCACAGAUAAGAGUGGCUGCUUUGAAGUUGAGUAUGACGGACACAAUGCUUUUUGCAUCGUUGAAACGAAUUAUUGUGACUAUCUCAUUUUUCACCUGCAUAACGAAAAAGAAGGAGAACACUACCAAACAAUGGAGCUCUACUCUCGAAAACCAAAUGCACCUAAGAGACUCAAGAAAAAGUUCGAGAAAGAGUGUCUUAAAAGAGGAAUUCCUAAGGAAAACAUACUUGACCUGACUGAAGGUGAUCGCUGUGCCAAGGACAGAAGUGACUAGGCCCAGCCAUCCAGUGCGUAGUUAACAUGUCCUCAUUCGAGCUCCAGAAUGUUCUCUUCCGUGUAACAUCGCCUCUUCGCACAUUGUGUGACCUGCUUUCUGUCACAGUCAUACAGGAAGGCAUUAUCUUCUGGAUAUUUCCUAGUAGUCUCGAAGAUUCAUCAACUCAACAAGAAUCAAAAUUUCUCUUCAAAUUUUAAGUCUCUUAGCCAUUCUUAGAAGUCUACCAUUAAUGAUCAAUAAAGAUGACCCCUGCA